GGGCGCGGCCUGGCCGUUCUCACCGUGCUUCUCUCCGCAGAGCUGGCCAAUUACGAGCGCAAUGUUAACCGGGCUAUCCACAAGUACAACGCCUACAGGAAAGCGGCCUCGGUCAUCUCCCGGUAUCCGGAUGGAGUAGGUGCUAAAAUAGCUGAGAAGAUAGAUGAGUUCUUAUCCACUGGGAAACUACGCAAAUUGGAAAAGAUUCGACAAGAUGAUACAAGUGCAUCUAUCAGUCUCCUGACACGAGUUACUGGCAUUGGUCCUGCUGCUGCUAGGAAGUUUGUCGAGGAAGGAAUUAAGACUUUAGAAGAUCUGAGAAAAAAUGAGCACAAGCUGACCCAUCACCAGCGAAUUGGGCUGAAAUAUUUUGAAGACUUUGAGAAAAGAAUCCCGAGGGAAGAAAUGCUGCAAAUGCAGGAAAUUGUGCUGGAAGAGGUAAAGAAGCUGGACCCAAACUAUAUUGCUACAGUCUGUGGCAGUUUUAGGCGAGGCGCAGAGUCAAGUGGUGAUAUGGAUGUUCUCGUAACCCAUCCGAGUUUCACAUCUGAAUCAUCCAAACAGCCAAAACUUUUGCGUCAAGUUGUAGAACAACUGGAAAAAGUCCACUUUGUCACAGAUAUGCUGUCUAAAGGUGACACCAAAUUCAUGGGUGUCUGUCAGCUGCCAAAUAAAGAAGAUGGGACAGCUUAUCCACAUAGGAGAAUUGAUAUCCGGCUUAUCCCCAAAGAUCAGUAUUACUGUGGUGUACUGUACUUCACAGGAAGUGAUAUAUUCAAUAAGAACAUGAGAACUCACGCUCUGGAAAUGGGCUUCACGAUCAACGAGUAUACAAUCCGUCCCUUGGGUGUCACUGGAGUUGCUGGGGAGGCCUUACCGGUAGAAUGUGAAAAAGACAUCUUUGACUAUAUCCAGUGGAAAUACCGAGAGCCAAAGGAUCGAAGUGAAUAAUUGCUUGUCUAGGUUUGUAACCUAGAGAGACGUUUUCAUAGCUUCCUAUGAACAUACAAAGUGCAUAUUCUUUCUUUGGGUGUUAUUGCAAAAAGUGUUCAUUACUGAUGUUUUAAAGCAAGUCCAUAGCACUAGCACAGAAUGUGUAGUGAAGAUUAAAUCCUGUAAGAU